AUGGCGCGCCAUCAAAACAUCCGAAACCUUGACUACGAGGCUGAACUCGAGGAGUACGGAGCGUUCUCCGAUGAGGAAGAGGAGGAGCUCAGCCCAGAAGACCAGGUUCGCAUGAGGGAAGGCACAGCUCAGGUACUGGAAGCACUCGGAGUCGAGGCACACAAAGUCACAAAGGCGCAGAUCGAGGAGUCACUCUGGCACUACUUCUGGGAUGUUGACAAGACCAUCACCUACCUCAUUUCCAAGUACAUCGACCCGCCCAAGAAGCCUGCCAAGACUGCUCCUCCAAAAGUAGCGCCAAAGCAAGAUGGUCUGCUUGGAGGUUCAGGAGCGCCCCCGAAGAUGUCCAAGCUGCAGCAGCUAGCAGCCGCCCGGAAGAAGAAAGCCGAAGGGAAGAGCGCCUCAGAAGACGUUGAGCAGACACAAGUCAAGAUGACGGAGCUCACUGUCAACGACAACCAAGCAUCCAAGGAGAAUCGUCCGCUGGCUGGCUUGUUUGGCAAGCGGGUUAAAACAUCAGAGACAACAGCUCAAGGACGCAUCCCUCUCACUAUGGCGGAGCCCACAAGACCCGAAAUUCCUCAAGCUCAAGCGCCGGAAGUCACUCCAAGUCUGCACCAGGAGGAGGCCCCAGUCGAACCGGAACCGGUGGUGGCCCCGCCAAAAGCGCAACCGUCUGCUUUCGCCUCGACUCUCUUCGGCCCUCUAUCGGAUAGCCCCAAGCGCAAACCCCGCGAGGUCCCGGAUGCUUUUGGCAAACCCAGCCCAGAUGACGUGGUCCUUGCGGCUCAGGCGAAAGUCGCCACAGCCGGAAAGAAGUCUGCGAACGUCCAAAACAAAAAAGGGUCAUCUUCCGCAGAUGGCGUGACCAACCAAGUCAACCAGCUCAAGAUAGACGACACGCCAUUGCCAAAGAGCCGCAAUCUUAACGUGCUCUCUGAAUUCGAGAAGCAGAAGGGCAAGAAGACUGCCAGCUUUGUGGUUGUCGGCCACGUUGAUGCCGGCAAGAGCACCAUGAUGGGGCGACUGCUACUCGACCUCAACGUUGUCGACCAGCGGACCGUCGAUAAACUUCGGAAAGAGGCGGAGAAGAUCGGCAAAACAUCAUUCGCUCUCGCCUGGGUGUUGGAUCAACGCCACGAGGAGCGUAGCCGAGGCGUCACCAUCGACAUUGCUACCAAUCGCUUUGAGACAGAAACUACAUCUUUCACCAUCCUUGAUGCUCCUGGCCAUAGGGAUUUUAUCCCCAACAUGAUUGCUGGCGCAAGUCAGGCAGACUUUGCAAUCCUGGUCAUCGAUGCAAGCACAGGAGCAUUUGAGUCUGGUCUCAAGGGUCAAACCAGAGAACAUUCUCUUCUUAUUCGCAGCAUGGGUGUCUCGAGAAUCAUCGUGGCCGUAAACAAGCUCGACACUGUCAACUGGUCCCAGGAGAGAUUCGACGAGAUCAAGCACCAGGUAUCAGGAUUCCUGACGGCGACUGGGUUCCAGCCCAAGAACAUCGCGUUCGUACCCGUAUCGGGCCUCCACGGUGAUAACCUCGUCCGAAAAACCGCAGAUCCAGCAGCGUCUUGGUAUACGGGAAACACACUGGUGGAGGAGCUCGAGGCUUCGGAACCAAGUGCCAGAGCAUUGGCCAAGCCCCUACGGAUGACCAUAUCGGAGGUUAUGCGCACACCUCAGAGCCCCAUUUCGAUCACAGGCCGCAUCGACGCGGGCUCACUGCAAAUGGGCGAUGCGCUUCUGGUGCAGCCGAGCGGCGAGAAAGCCUACGUCAAAUCCCUUCAGGUCGACGACGGAGAACCAGCGGACUGGGCCGUUGCCGGACAGAAUGUGAUACUUCAUCUUAGCAACAUCGACGCCAUCCAUGUGCGCGUCGGAGAUAUUGUAUGCGACCCUGCCAAGCCCAUCCAGUGCGUGGACACGUUCACGCUCAAGGCUCUGGCGUUUGACAUCCUCAUGCCCAUGCAGGUGGAUGUGCACAGGGGAAGACUCCACGCGGCGGGCAAGAUCGAGGCUAUCGACGCCAUCUUGGACAAAGUGACAGGCAAGGUGACGAAGAAGAAGCCGAUGAUCGUCAAACCAGGAACGGUUUCCAGGGUUAGGGUCACGCUGCACUCGAAGGUGCCACUCGAGGCAGGUCAGAGGGUGGUGCUCAGGAGUGGUGGACAAACGGUAGCAGCUGGGUUGUUGGAAUGA